AUGAAAUUCAAUACUGCUAUUACCAUUGCCGCUUUUGCCGCUUCAACACAAGCUGCCGCAAUCCCCUCCAAUGCUGACGCUUUAGUUUUGGCUAGAGACUCUGACAAGAAAGUCUUUGAAAUUCCAUUGGACGCUAUCUUUGAAGCUGAAGCUGGUUUGGUUAAUGGCACAUUUUCAACCAGCGCUUCAGGAUAUGCUCAAUUCUUGAAUGUUUUGGGAAUCAAUGCUACCUAUGCUUCCAAGUUAGGUUUUUAUGAAGGUGAGUCUACCAAUGAUGUUUUCAAAACAUUUGCCAAAUUGAUUGGAGCUCAAAUCUUGGGUGGACCAUUGGAAAAGAGAGACUUGUCAUCAAUUAUUCAAUCAGCUGCUAUUCCCCUCCAAGCUUUGAACCAAGCUAUCUCUGAUCUCUUGAGUGGAAAGAUUGGCAGCUCUGCAGAAGAUUUUGCCAAAUUGUUGAAGAUCUUAGGUAUUGAUGCAGCUACCGCUGCCGAGUAUGGAUUAAAACAAGGAGAGACUGUGUUGCAGUACAUUGAGCAAAUUGGCAAAAUCAUUGCCGCGGAAGUUGCUGCUGGUCUUGGAAAGCUCGCUUAG